GAAUUUUUUAUCGCAUAAUGUGGUAAAAUUGAACUUCCUCGUCUCACAUGUUAUAAAAGAGUGAAUUUUUAUAAUUGUUUCUAUCAUCUUUUAUCCUACGAAAGAGAAAGGAGAUAGCUCGUGUGAUAUGUCGCUUAAGAAAAGUAAAUGUUUUUCUAAACAUAGAGCAUACGAUGAAGUAACUACGAGCGAUUCAAGUAUGUUUCCUCCUCACUUUGAGAGUCUGAAGAAUAUUUGUAUUAGUGACGCAGCUAGUACAUCUAUCUCAAACAAAAACAUUGUAUUAUCAGAAAUUGACAAGAGGCAUAAUGAAUAUUCUGGCAUCAAAAAUAACAAUAAGUACGAAAGUAGGCCCAUUAUUCUAGAGAACUAUGCACAGGAAAGUCUAUUACUUCAUACUCCAAGUAACAAUUUUAUCAGUAUAGGAGUUAACAAAUCUGACAAUCUGGAGCAGCUACAUAUAGAAAGAGAGAAUGCAACGAGAAGUGAAACAAAUUCAAAUAGGAAUAAAGUACCUGAAUCUUGUAAAUUAGUCACUCUACAGAAUACAGCGUGUGAAACUGAAUUUGUACCUGAAUAUCGUACUAAAAGAGAAAAUUUAGAUUAUACAUCAAAUAUAUAUUCUCGAAAAAAACUUUUGUUCUCAAUUAAACCGGGAACAUCUAUGGAAGCAAAAAGCACAGAUAUUUUGAUGGCAUCCAGAGACAAAAAUACAAGUUCAUUACAUAAAUCAUGUUCAAUAGAGGAUAAUGCUGAUGUAAACAAAACCAUACCUGAUGAAAAUGAAAAAGAUUUCCAACGGGAUAAAAUGAAUGAUGUCGUUAUAUCAAAUAAUUUUUCCCGAGGUUUAACUGAUGAUAAUAUCUUGUCAAUCAAAAUACAAAAUCAAAUUGUGAACGAGCAGCAUAUUACUUUAUCAGACAAGAGAACUGCAACGAAAAAGCAAGAAAUUGAGGAAAUCAAGAAUGGAAUAACUGUACUACCAGCUAAACCAACAAGAUCACUGCCCACAAAUUUGAAAGCUUCUAUCGAAGAUAACAAUAAAAAGUCGAAAUUAAUUAAAGUUGAGUAUAAAUUGACAAAUUCAAUGCAACCAUUUGCAGGGGGAACGCAAUCGACAAUAGACGAUAGUAACGAUUUAAAGUCGACAGGAAAAUGUACAGAGCUUUGUACACAAAAUGUACAUUCAAUUAAGCAACAAAUUUCAUCUGUCGAAGAUACAAAUUGGAAAUUUAUAUCCGAAGCAAGGGAUGAAAAUGAUGAUUUAGAGAAUAAUGCAGCACAUCGGGAUACAUCUGUAGCAAGUGAGAUAAAUGUGGAACAUGACGAACAAAGUCAGUCAUUUGCAGUGCAAAAUAUCAAGAGAAAAAGGGGUAGACCUAAGAAAGUAAUAGAUUCCACAGAUCAAAUCACACCAAAGAGCUCAAGAGACGAUGAUAUGUUGCAAGAGAUUCCCAAAAUCAUUACCGAAUCCGUAACACAUGAUAGAAGACGCACUAGUAAAAUUAUGAUUGAUACCAGUAUGAGCGAUGAAACCGAUACCGUGGAAGAAGAAACUAUCGUUGUCAAGAAACGAGGUCGACCACCUGGUUCAACAGACCGGAAUCGAGGACGCGGUCGAGGACGCGGUCGAGGACGUAGUCGAGGACGCGGCAGAGGGACAUUACAAAAUUUGAUACAAUUGGUAACUUGUGCUAAAUGCGACCAAGAAAUAUCGAAAAAACAAUGGUCAUCACACAAUUUAUAUCAUCAUAACAACAUGGCUUGGCGAAAAGACGAUGAGCCAUUGGACUUCGAAAAUGACGUAAAAUUGUUGAAGAGAGUAUUAACUGCUGCUCUUAAACAAAAAAAGAAAUUUCUGACUUGUGAAAAAUGUGAAGCUACGAAACGGAGUGUCAAUGGUUUUAUAUCACAUAUGCAAUUUUGUGGUAAAUCAGAAGAAGAAAGACAAGCGUUAAUGGUAACAUGCCCCAUUUGCCACGCAAGUAUGAUGCCUUCUUCCAUGGAAGUACAUGAACGUUACCACAGGCAACUAGAACAGAGUAAAAUUAAAGAAACAGAAUUACGAAUAGAAAAAACUAAACGGAAAGCAGCAGAGAAAGCAGUACCAAGGAUAUUGGAACUCACCAAAUCUUUGAAAGAGCAAAAUCUAAGCACGAACGAUGUAGUACAAAUGACGAACAAGAAAAAAAUACCAAGCGCUUGGAAAGUUAUGUGGAAAAAAGAAUUAGAAUCAGGUAUUACAUCUUGUAAACAUAUAGGAUGUACUUUCACAAGUUCCUCUUACGAAACCAUUUGUGAACAUUACUAUCAAUGUGAUUUCAUUCCACAAGAGAAUUUUAUGUGUAAAAUCUGCAAGUUUUCUGCAGAUUCUAGGGAUAAGAUUACAGAUCAUAUAACAGAAACUCAUUCCGGCAACAGUGACUUAGAGAAAUAUUCUGAUUAUGAGACAGAGGAAGAUGAGUAUUUAUCAGAUGAAAGUAUACUUGAAUGUGUAAAACGAAAGCUCAGUAAUCGUCGUCUAUCGAAAACAAAAUCCGACAGUACAAGAAUCUACCGAAAAAUGGCUUUCUUGGAUAAAGAGACAACGCAAAGUCCCCAUUCAACCGAAACUUAUAAACCAGCUUUACGUUGGACUCUGGAUUUUGAGCUGAAAAAUUAUGAAUUGGCGUUAUUCAAAGAUGAUGUGCCGAAUUGUUUUACGUUAUUGGAAAAUGAUGAUGCCACAAUGUAUCUCCCAGAACUAACAAUUUCAAUGGCCUUCAAGCAUGAAAACGUCAAUUUAUCGAAAACGAGUUCUGACAAGAAUAAUUGGAAGCGCAUAAAAAGAUUUGAGAGUGAUACCUAUGAAGCUGUGCCAACAUUUUUUGUCGGUGGUCCUAUAUGGGCGUUAGCAUGGUUGCCCAUUCCAUCAUCGAUCUGGUCCAAAAAUCCGACUCAAUACGUCGCAAUUAGCACACAUCCCACGAUGGAAAGUAAAUAUACUGUGAGAAAUAAAUAUUUGGGCCCGAAUAUCAUACAGAUAUGGGAUGUUGGACCCUUAAAUCAUCAAGUUAAUAGCAAGAAUAGAUCGCCCGUGUUAGCUUAUGCGAUUGCGCAUAAUAGCGGUACAAUUUGGUGUUUAGAGUGGUGCCCAUCGGGAUGCUAUCAGGAUGUUGAUCUUGACAAUUAUAAAGCAGACGAAAGUAAAAUUAGGCGAAUGGGAUUACUUGCAGCUGCAUGCUCGGAUGGAUGCAUAAAUAUUUAUUCACUACCGUUUGCGGAUGAACUUAAAUUCGAAAAAACGGAAAAUAAUUCGUUGCCGAUUUACAAGACUGAUCCGGUAAUGACACUGGUUGUAAAUACUCUUAUAUACGAUAAUAAUGAACAAGAUUGGCAAUGCACUAAACUGUCGUGGACGAAGGAACAUGGACACAGCAUCAUCGCUGCAGGUUUCUCGAAUGGUUACAUCGGAUUGUGGCAUCUUACGACUACCUCACCUCUGUUGCUCAACGUACGAAUGAAUACAAAAUUUAUAAACACACAUCAACAUUUCUUUGCUCAUUACAACGCAAUUACCAUGCUGGCAUUAGUUCCGUACGGUAAAAGUCGAUUCCUCGCUUCCGCGAGUGUAGACAAAUCGUAUAAAUUUUGGGACUUGGAAGAGACAAGUGGACCGCAAAGCUAUAUAAAAAAAGGCAUAGUAUCGAACGGUGCAUGGAUGAUGAACUGGCCGUGUGCAAUUCUUAGUUUCGACGAUGCACUUGGAUAUCAUUAUACGCAUUCGAUGAUAGUACCGUUGAGAGAAUACGGAUACAAAUAUUGCCCAAUUUUAGCAACCAACUCGCCAACUUAUGGUCUCGCUGUUUCCGAUCACGCUAAUAGUAUUGCACAUGGCACUUUAGCUGGAGAAGUAAUGACUAUCUUUCCUCAUCAACUGUUGUAUACAGAAAAAAUAUUGCCUAAGAAAAGACAGUUGAACUCUUUCAUCGAGACGGUGGAUUUCUUAAGGGAACAGCAACAUAAAGAUAAUGAAAACGAUAAAAAUAAAGAUAAAAAGAGUUCCAAGGAAUAUCACUAUAUGCCAGAAACCUAUAACGAAUGCAAAGAUCGUUUUGGAAUCGUCUUCCAUGAUAAUUUAAUGGAUUUGGAAAAAUAUAUCGCUAGGAAUAAACCGAAUAAGGAAAAUACUUUGAACAAUGAUAAACUGAUGUCUAUCCCUAUUGAACAAUAUCCAUUUACUUCUGCAAACAGGAUGGCUUGGAAUCCAAAUACGUGGAAUUAUCUAUGGCUUGCAACGGGCUAUCAAAACGGCUUAGUGAGAUUAUUCAACUUGAAUUUCAUGUCUAACUCCCGUGACUUGAACGCUUUGCUGCUGGCGCACGAGAAGUCUAUGCUCGACAAAAAAGAACAAAUUAAUAUCGUUGACAUGUAAACGACGAGAAUAGAGAAUUUUAUAAAUUAUCUUUUGUAUAUAAAAAAAUUUUGUAUAUAAAAUAUGAAA